AUGAGUACAGAUAACCAAGUGAGUAUAGGUGACCUAGUGAGUACAGGUGACCAAGUGGGUACAGGUGGACAAGUGAGUACAGAUGGACAAGUGAGUACAGAUAACCAAGUGAGUAUAGGUGACUUAGUGAGUACAGGUGACCAAGUGAGUACAGGUGGACAAGUGAGUACAGAUAAUCAAGUGAGUACAGAUGACCAAGCGAGUACAGGUGGACAAGUAAGUACAGAUGGACAAGUGGGUACAGGUGGACAAGGGAGUACCGAUGUACAAAUGAGUACAGAUAACCAAGUGAGUAUAGGUGACCUAGUGAGUACAGGUGACCAAGUGCAUGCAGGUGGACAAGUGAAUACCGAGUGCCAAGUGAGUAUAGAUGACCAAGUGAGUGCAGGUAACCAAGUGAGUACAGGUGGACAAGUGAGUACAAAUGACCAAGUGAGUACAGGUGACCAAGUUAGUACAGGUGAACAAGUGAGUACAGAUGACCAAGUGAGUACAGGUGGCAAAGUGAGUACAGGUGGCCGAUUGAAUACAGCUGAUCAAGUGAGUACAGGUGACCAAGUGAGUACAGGUGACCAAGUGAGUACAGGUGGCAAAGUGAGUACAGGUGGCCGAUUGAGUACAGCUGAUCAAGUGAGUACAGGUGACCAAGUGAGUACAGGUGACCAAGUGAGUACAGAUGACCAAAUAAGUACAGGUGACCAAGUGAGUACAGGUGACAAAGUGAAUACAGCUGAUCAAGUGAAUACAGCUGAUCAAGUGAGUAUAGAUGACCGAGUGAGUACAGAUGACCCAAGUGAGUACAGGUGA